AUGCUUCAAGAUGGUGGUCUUCGUGCAUGGUUUGUCGUCUUUGGGUCCUUUCUUGUCCACUCUUUUGCGUUCGCGCCAACAGAGUACAUUUUUGGCAUCUUUGAGCAUCAUUAUCAGAUCUUAUUCCCUGAUACAUCAAUAUCAUCCAUUGCAUUCGUGGGCACAACCGGCUCUGCCGUGACCUAUCUGGCAGGAUUUUUCGCUGGCAUUGUCGCAGAUCGAUUUGGCUUCAGAAUCACAGUCAUAGUAGGCACAUUACUGAUGACGAUCUCUCUUAUCCUGGCAUCGUUUUCGAACCAGGUUUGGCAAUUAUAUAUCACUCAAGGUGUGCUGUUUGGGAUCGGGUCAGCGCUGGCAUACUACCCUGCCAUAGCUGUACCAUCGCACUAUUUUACCAAGCGACGAGGCCUUGCUACAGGCAUUGCAGUCUCUGGUGUCGGCGCCGGCGGCUUGAUCCUUGCGCCAUUAACCCAUAAACUUAUAGAAAAAGUUGGUAUCUUUUGGUCAUUGCGAAUCCUUGGGCUGCUAUGUUUUAUUCCAUCUGGCUGUGAAAAGGAUACAGAGCUAGAGAUGGGAAGCGUAGCUAAAGAGAAGCCAUCUUUCUUUGAUGCGGUAAAGGUAUUUAAGGACAUGCAAUUUUUGUCACUGUCCAUGGCGGAAUUGACAGCAUCGUUCGCAUUCCUAGUUCCCUUAUAUUUCAUGCAAACCUAUGCAGUAUUUAUCGGUAUUCCCGCUGAAAAAGGCGCCUUAAUAUUAGGGCUGUCUAAUGGAGCAUCUUUUGCCGGCAGGAUUUUACUUGGCCUCAUAUCCGAUUAUUUCUCAAAUGCCAAAGUCUUGCUCCUUUGCUCAUGGUGUACUGCCUUCUCGGUCUUGGUUCUAUGGACUCUCUCCAAAUCAUUUGGCAUAUUGAUGUUAAUGGGACUCAUGUUUGGCUUCUUCGCUGGCGGGUAUGUCUCGUUGGUUCCAGUAGCAGUGGCACAGUCAUUUGGAACUAAACAGAUGGCAUCCACUAUUGGAUUAAUGUAUGCAACAGGUGGUCUAGGCAUGCUUGGAGGCGCACCAUUGGCAGGAUUCUUACUAGAUAUCACUAAGCCCAAUAUUUCAUAUCUUCCUGUAACUUUAAUGUCAGGCGCGACCAUGACCCUUGGUGCGCUAUGCGUCACAAUGUGGUUCUAUCUUGACUGGAGAGCGCACCGUAUGCGACGCGUUAUGACUGCAGACACGCUCUAA